AUGCCUAUGUGGAAGCCAAUGUUGUAUGGGGUAGCUUUCCUCCACACUACAGUUCAGGAGAGGCGCAAGUUCGGACCCAUUGGUUGGAAUAUUCCUUACGAGUUCAACCAGGGAGACCUAAAUGCAACAAUUCAGUUUAUUCAGAACCAUUUGGAUGAUUUGGAUCUGAAGAGGGGUGUCAACUGGGUGACAGUUCGCUACAUGAUUGGUGAGGUCCAGUAUGGAGGGCGGGUCACAGAUGAUUAUGACAAACGUUUGCUGAACACCUACACCCGGGUAUGGUUCAGUGAGAAUAUGUUCUCUGACAGCUUCCAGUUCUACACAGGUUACAAAAUUCCAAAGUGCAAAACCUUGGAAGAGUACAGAUCAUACAUUGAAUCUCUUCCUUUGGUAGACUCACCAGAAUGUUUUGGUCUACAUCCAAAUGCUGACAUCACCUACCAGACCAACACUGCAAACAAGAUGCUGUCCACAAUUGUCAACAUUCAGCCUAAAGAUGCUGGCAGUGGGGGAGGAGACACCAGGGAGACAGUGGUCUACAGAUUAGCAGAAGACAUGUUGGAGAAGCUUCCAGCAGAUUAUAAACCACAUGAGGUUAAAGAGAAACUAAAGAAGAUGGGCAUCUUACAGCCUCUGAACAUCUUCCUGCGCCAGGAGAUUGACCGCAUGCAGCGAGUCAUCAGCUUGGUCCGGUCAACACUGGUGGACCUCAAGUUGGCUAUUGAUGGCACCAUCAUCAUGUCUGAGAACUUGAGGGAUACCCUGGACAAUAUGUAUGAUGCCAGGGUGCCAAACAACUGGAGGAAG